UUGAAUAACCCGGAAAUACACACGGAUAUUGUAGAGUAGAUAAGAAAAUAUUGCAGACAUUUAUGCAUAUAUUUAGAAAAGAUCUUUUACCUCACAGAAUAAGCGAAGAGUUUGAAAAGUCUUUUGGACAAUGUUAAGAUGGUAAGAAGUCAAGCUGUCAGUCUGACAUGAUGAUUUCUCCAUUGGGUUCAUCCAGAAGUCGCAUGAUGAAGAAUGUCAUUUUUGAUGAACUAUAGAUUUGACUGGACCAAGAUCUGCAGGGGGAUGAUGAUCUAGGAUUAUUCCAGAUUUCUCCAGUCACCUGAAAACUAUUGUCCAUCAUGUUUGUGACAGCAUACCUGGCGUUUAUAGUUUUGGCAGGACUGUGCGUGGCUUUAGAGAUUGCAGCCCGUCGUCUCACCACAUUCCAGGCCACGCAGACAGCUGUCGCCAAUCCGGCAUUCCAGCGUUUUCAGAAGCUCUUCCUGAAGGCGUAUCUCCUGGCCCUCUGGGCGGACUGGCUGCAGGGACCUUACCUUUAUAAACUGUAUCGACAUUACAACUUCCUGGAGUCUCAGAUCGCCAUCCUAUAUGUAUUCGGUCUGGCUUCUUGCGUGCUGUUUGCCCCAGUGGCCGGCUGGCUGCCACAGUUUCUUGGGCGAAGACAUACGUGUCUCCUCUUCUGCCUGACCUAUUCUAUCUGCUGCUUUACCAAGCUGUCACAAGACUAUUUUGUGCUCAUACUAGGACGUGUUCUCGGAGGCCUGUCCACCUCUCUGCUAACCGCCACUUUUGAGGCCUGGUAUGUGCACGGUCACGUUGAAGUCCAUGAUUUUCCCAAAGAAUGGAUUCCGGUUACCUUCGGUAAAGUCGCAAACUGGAAUCACGGACUGGCAGUUGGCGCCGGGCUGGUGGCGAAUCUGUUCGCCGAAUGGCUUGGGCUGGGGCCGGUCGCUCCGUUCCUCUUGGCGAUCCCAAGCCUUGCCGCCUGUGCCUGGUUUGUGCUGUCCGAAUGGGGUCAGGAGGACAGACAGGAGGCCGCACACGGAGACAAGAACGCCCCCCUUCUCAACCCUCUAAACGCCCCCAAGUUGCAAAUGUCAACGCGGUCCCGUUUCUGGCGUAGCUGUGUGGACGGCCUGCGCUGCUUGCUGUCUGACCGCCGCGUUAUGCUUUUGGGUGGCGUUCAGGCACUUUUUGAGAGCGUUCUCUAUAUAUUUGUUUUUCUUUGGACUCCUGUACUGGACCCACACGGCCCGCCGCUAGGAAUCAUUUUCUCCAGUCUGAUGGCGGCCAGCUUGGCCGGCUCCACGCUUUUCCGACUGGCCACGUCGGCCCCGUAUCGACUCCAACCCGGUCACCUGCUCUGCUUAGCCGUUCUACUAGCUUUCUUCUCCUUCUUCAUGCUGACGUUCUCCACCGUGCCCGGCCAGCCCCGGCCGAGGGAAUCUCUUCUCGCCUUCCUUCUGCUGGAACUGGCCUGCGGGCUUUAUUUCCCGGCCGUAAGUUUUCUCCAGGGCCGCGUGGUUCCCAUGGAACGCAGAGCUGCCGUGCUGGCUUGGUUUCGUUUGCCUCUUCACCUCCUGGCUUGCCUGGGGCUGCUGGCUCUUCACGGGGAGGUGUCGGGGGCCGGCGCGGGUGAGGCCGGCAGUGGCACCAGACACAUGUUUGCAGGCUGUGCAGGGAUGAUGCUGGCCGCCCUGCUUGCUGUCGUCAGCCUUUUCACUGUGGGCAGGAAUGAUGCAGACCUCAGGCUAGAGGGGACCAAAUUAGAGGGAGAAAUCUGAGUAACACUGGAUUUCAAUAUAAGGAGGACUGGGGUUAUUUUUUUGUAUGCUUUGUUUUCUUUAUGAAUGUUGUCUUGGUUAAACAAAUGUAUUUAUGGGUAAAACUAAUCAAAAAGUACAUGGCUUUAUUUUUUUUCUUCUUCUAACUGCAAUGUCAAUAGUACCAAUAAACACCUUCAAAUCUGAUCAUGUUUAUAGCAAUACCAGAUUAUUUAAAUUAAAAUAUGUUUGGGUAUUUUACACUUCAUUUAAAUAUUGAAUAUUAUCAGCAAAUCAAUUAAUCGUCAUUUACUCAUUUUAAAUUUACAUUGAAUUAAUGCAUUCAAGGUACAGUGUACAUUUUUUUUUUUAGCAAAUUAUGCAUCCAACCUUGGCAUUGAUAACAUUAAUUUUGGAGAGUUCAAUGCAUUUCUUUUUUUUUGAGUCAUUGAUUGAACAGCUGUUUUUGUACUAAAUGCUUGUGCUGCACACAGACCAUACGAAAAGGUUAAGGUAAGCAUUUUCAUUUAUUGAAAUCGAUGGCAACUGAACAAAUUAAGGCUCAUGAACAAACAUCUUAGAAAGCACUGUAAAUAAAUGCAUAUUUUAAAAAUAUAAAAAUAAAAAUUACAAAAUAAAAUAAUUUAUUGUGAAGUCUAAUGACCACAGAUAUCAAUAUAUUUUUCAUGUAUUAAUUUAACUUCCAGUCCGUUUUAGAGUAGCGAUCACCACUUAUCUCAGUUUACAUCCAUCAUUCCAUAAUAAGUGUAUUUCUAUGUGAGAUUCGAGAUGUACAGAUGUACUGUCCAGUUGUAGCUAACAGCAGUACAUAAAAUGAAAUAGAGUAUUAAUACAUCUCCACAGUUGUAUAUGGCUUGUGUGUGAGGUGAUAAAGAACUUCAUAUAAUAUUCAGUUAUAUUCUUGAGUUUGCUGGCAAACACUUAACGGUCUCACAGUUUUUUUUUUUGUAAGUCAAAUUAAGAUGACUUAAGAAGAAGAAUGUAUACUCUCCUUUUUUUCUGAACACUACUGAAAACUUACAAAGAAAGAAAAAACUGUCACUGUCUUUGGCUAUAAACUCAUUGCAUCAAACAGCUGCAUGCUUGAAAAUGGAUAUGCUAGUUUAAAUGGCCAUUUGGUGUUUAUUAUAAGCCUAGUUUUGUAACUGAAUAUAAUAGUGUGUUGGUUUUCACACCAAAUUUCCCAGUAUCGUUUACACUCAGAACUGGCACUUCACAUUCACAUUUCUACAUCACCAACAUUUCAAGCAAGAAACUUUACUCAUUCUGUGGUUUAGUAGACUUUUGAGAAAUUUUGCUAGUGAGAACCCCCCCAAAAAAAAAAAAAAAAUUACAUAGGAAAGAAAAUGCUUAGAUUGGCAGUCUUGUAUGAGGAAAACAUUCUGGUUUGUUCUCUUUAGUAUUUUUUUUGUUUUUGCAUUAUUGGUAAGAUUUGUAAUAUUUAGGCCGCUGAAAUGUUUGCUAGGACUGAAAAUUGUGCAGCGUUGGGUUCUGCUAAUGAACAGCUUUUUACAUGUAAAUGUGCACUAAAAAGUGAAUGAAUUCACAAGUUUUGCAGAAUAGUC